AUGGCUUCUGUUCGAGAUGGAGUCAAGCGAUUGGCCGAGGCUGUGCCGACGGAGGAGACACAGGAGCGAAAAGACCAGCGCUUUCGCAAGUUGUAUAUUACCCCGCCGGAUUUUAAAGAGAUUGCUGCCCUUGAUGCUGAAUUCGCCACAGUAGUCCAAGGGCGCGACCUAGACUUCAAGGAUCCCAAGGCUGUCAUGCAGCUGUCCAAAACACUGCUUAAACACGACUUUGGUCUUGCGCUGGACCUCCCAGGCAAUCGUCUUUGUCCCCCGAUACCCAACAGACAUAACUAUAUUCUCUGGCUCAAAGACUUGCUCGACACAACCACAUACAACACAUCUGGCGGAAAGCUCGUUGCCAUAGAUAUCGGCACAGGAGCUAGCUGUAUAUACCCAAUGCUUGGCUGCACUCAGAGACCAUGGUAUUUUAUCGCCUCAGAUAUCGACGACGAGAGUCUGCGCUGGGCGCGGAGAAACAUUGAGCAGAACCACUUGCAAACCCGAAUCAAACUGGUGAAAUCCAAGCCCGGCGGGCCCAUCAUCCCCAUCGAAGCAGCCCCUGCGACGGAGGACGUUGCAUUUGUCAUGACGAAUCCGCCCUUCUACAAGUCCGCCGCCGAAAUGGACGAGCGUGCCGCCGAAAAGUCCCUCCCGCCGCUCACAGCCUGCACCGGCGCCCCAGUUGAGAUGGUGACGGACGGCGGCGAAGUGGCUUUUGUCGGCCGCAUCCUUGACCAGUCGCUCGCGCUGCGCGGGCGGAUCCAGUGGUACACGGCCAUGCUGGGCUUUCAGUCGAGCGUCGCGGCGCUGGUGCUGCGGCUGCGCGAUCAUGACAUCGGCAACUACGCGGUGACGGAGUUUGUACAGGGCAAGAAGACAAAGCGAUGGGCCGUGGCGUGGAGCUUCCGGGGCAUGCGCCCGCGUCAGUCCAUUGCCCGCGGAGCGACAACAACCUCGCUGAAGGCCAGUCUACCGGCGCAUACCGAAGUGACGGUCGUUGACUUUCCUGUCUUCGAAGCCAUCUCCAGAUUUGCAAGCCGGUUGCAGAGUGCAGUUUCGGCUUUGGAAACCACGCACUGGGAGUGGGAUACGCAGAAGCUAGAGGGCCUGCUGAGGGCUACGGAGAAGGUGUGGACAAGAGCGUGGCGACGGCAGAAGCAGCGUGGUAUGAACACCAGCCCAGAAACAAAGGAUAAACGUGUCAAAGAGGACCUCGGAUUUAAAAUACAAAUCAACGUCAACCUGGACGGAGUUGUCGUUCGGUGCCGCUGGAUCGAGGGUCAGGAUGAGUCGGCCUUUGUCAGCUUCAAUGGCUACCUCAAGACAACAGCCAAAAACAUUUACAGCGAACUGGAGGAAGCCACAGAGUCUGGGAUGCUGGCAGAAAAGUAG